AGCUGCGCCUUGUCUGCUCCACACGUGCUGGGCGUUUGGAGGCUGGGCAACCGCUGCUGGCAGCGUUCCGCUUGGGCAGCCCUCCGCCUUCCUCGCCCCCUUCGCGGGGACUGUGGGGCCUCCUCCGCCCCCUUUCCCUCCCCUUUCCAUGCCCCCCGGCCCGGCCUUCCCUCGCGUCCUCCGCCUGCCGCCUCCAUGGCAGCCCAGCCGGAGCUGGAGCAGAUCCUGGCGCUCUUGCUGCAGCCUGACAAUGCCGUCAUCCAACAGGCGACAGCGCAGCUGAAAGAGGUACUGAAGCAACCGACAGCUCUUUCCCACCUCUGCCAUGUCAUGACACAUUCACAAGACCCUCAGAUCCAGCAGUUCGCCGCCGUGUUGCUGAGACAGCGGCUGAGCAAACACUGGAAGAAAAUGGCCGCAGCGGAUCAAGAGAUGCUCAAAACCCUGGUGCUAAACAGCUUGCAACGGCAGACAGACCAUAAAGUCUCCCUGGGCUUAGCCCAGCUGGCGGCCGUCAUCUUGAAGAACGAGACCUUGGAGAAAUGGCCCCAGAUGCUUCAGAGCAUUCAGCACGGAGCCCGCUCCCGAGACCCCAGCAGGUGCCAGAUGGCAUUGCUGCUGCUUCAGUCGGCUCUGGAUCUGGACCCCGACCAGUUCUCUCGCUACUACAAAGAUCUCCUGCGCCUCUUCCAUCAGACGCUCAACCACCGGAGUCAGCCGGCCGUCCUUUACUACUCUCUCCGGAGCUUGACUGCCGUGGUGGGAGGGCUGAGCUCUGACGAAGUGACUCUGAUGUCUUCCAUGGUGCCCAAGGUGAUAGCAGCCAUCCGGGAACUCAUUCACGUGAACGAGGUCCAGGCAAGCGAAGCGAUGGAGGUUUUUGAUGAACUCCUGGAGACGGAAGUCGCCAUCGUGGUCCAGCAUCUCUCCGAAGUCGUGAACUUCUGCCUGGAAGUGGCUUCCGACCAGCAGCUGAGCGACGGCCUGCGGGUGAAGGCGCUCUCCUGCAUCAGCUACCUGGUCAAGCUGAAGAGCAAGGCCAUCCUGAAGCACAAGCUCCUCUCGCCCCUCCUGGCCGCCCUCUUCCCCAUCAUGAGCGCCGAGCCUCCCCCCGGCCAGAUGGACACGGAGGACGAGCUGACCGAGGAGGAGAUCGAAGACCAGGCCGAGGUCCAGAAGCCCAAACACUUCGCCGUCCAGGUGGUGGACAUGCUGGCACUUUACCUGCCCCCAGAGAAGCUCUUCCCCCAGCUGACCCCUCUAAUGGAACCGGCGCUUUUGAGUCCCAACCCUUACCACCGCAAGGCCGGGCUCAUGUGCUUGGCAGUGCUGGCUGAAGGCUGCGGGGAUCACAUCCGCAACAAGCACCUUCAGCCCAUGUUGCAGGUGGUGUGUCGAGCAUUGGCAGACGACAGCCAGGUGGUACGCAACGCUGCGCUCUUCGCCUUGGGCCAGUUCUCUGAGAAUCUGCAGCCGGACAUUGCUCGUUUUUCGGACGACAUCAUGCCCCUCCUACUGCAUUACCUGGAGGGGGUCCAGCUGGCCAACACCACCCACCUGGCGAAGGCUUACUACGCUCUGGAGAACUUUGUGGAGAAUCUGGAAGAUAAGAUUGCACCCUACUUGCCAGCAUUGAUGGAGAGGAUGCUCAGCACCUUGACCUCUCCUGGGACUCCGCGCACCAAGGAGCUGGCCGUUAGCGCCAUCGGAGCCAUUGCCCAGGCUGCCAAGGAAUCUCUUCUCCCGUAUUUCCAAGCCAUCAUGGAGCACCUCACGAGUUACAUGCUGACCACCCGCGAAGACCUCCGGCCCGUCCAGAUUCAGUCGAUUGAGACAAUGGCUAUCCUGGCCAACGUCCUGGAUAAAGACAUCUUCCAGCCGCUUUCCGAGAAGUGCUGCCAGCUUGGUCUGGACCUCUGCGACAGAGUGGACGACCCAGACUUGCGACGAUGCACGUACAGCCUUUUCGGAUCUCUGGCGAACGUCAUGGGGGAUUCGAUCAGCCCGUACCUGCCUCGCAUCACCACUCUUCUGAUUUAUUCCCUCAAAUCCACCGAGGGCAUCAAGCCCCCCCUGGAUUCCGGGAAUUCCUUCCUUCUUUUUGAAGACGAGGAAGAGGAGGCCGAGGUGGAAGGAGAGGAAACGCUUACAGACGAGGAAGAGGAAGAAGAUUCGGACCCCCUGGGGAUGUGCGUGCGAAGCGCCUUCAUGGAUGAGAAGGAGGACGCCUGCAUAGCUCUGGGAGAAAUUGCCGCCAGUGUGAGUAUGCCCUUCCUGCCUUACAUCGAGACCUCAUUCCAGGAAGUGUCCCAGUUACUGCCGUGUCCCCACAUCCGGGUGCGGAAAGCGGCGUUCGAAGCCCUGGGCCAGUUCAUCGUUUCGCUGCACCGGGUGUGCCAGCAGGAGCCCUCCGAGACUCACGCGGCGGCCUUCCAGAAGCUGGUCUCCACCCUGCUGCCCGUCUACCUGAAGGGGGCGCAGGAGGACCACGAGCGCGAAGUGGUGAUGGCCGUCCUGGAGGUCCUGGCCAAGGUGGUGAAGGAGUGCAAGAAGGAGGCCCUGCCGGAGCCGGCCCACCUGACCGACCUCUGCCGGGUGGUGCGGGAGGUGCUGGAACAAAAAGUCGCCUGCCAAGACAACGAGGAAGAGGAAGACGACGACGACGAUGAACAGGCGGAAUACGACUCCAUGCUGAUCGAGUACGCCGGGGAGAUGAUCCCCAUCCUGGCCGAAGCGACCGGAGGGGACACCUUCGCCCCCUACUUUGCCGGCUUUUUGCCUCUGCUCAUUAACAAGAUGAAAGCGUCCUCGUCCAGCGCGGACAAGUCCUUCGCCGUGGGCAUCAGUGCCGAGACCGUCCAGGGCCUGGGCGGGGCCUCCAGCUCGUUCGUCCCCCACCUGCUGCCCUUGCUGAUGGGGGCAGCCCGUGACGAGGACCAGGAAGUGCGCAGCAACGCCGUCUUUGGGCUGGGGGUCCUGGCGGAACACGGCAAGGAAGCCAUGUACGAACACUACCCCAAGAUCCUGGCGCUUUUAUCCAACCUCAUUGCCCAGGAGCGCAACAACCGAGUGACCGACAACGUGUGUGGGGCUGUGGCGAGGAUGCUGAUGACCAAUCCCAGUGGGAUGCCCGUUGAACAGGUUUUCCCCGUCCUGCUUCACGCCCUGCCGCUGAGAGAGGACUUUGAGGAAUACAAAACGGUCUACCGUUGCGUCGCGUUUAUUUACCAGAACGACCCAUCACAGGUAUUGCAACAGAUUCCGGAGAUCGUGCGAAGUAGUGGCCCUGUCCUGGGUUGCAAAAAUCUGCCAACAGAAGCCCGGAAUCUCCUGCUUACCCUCCUGGCCAGCCUUUCGGCCCGAUGCCCGGCCGAGUUUCAAACAGCCCUCCUGGCCAGCCCUGCGGAAGUCGGCACUUCGAUCCAGGCGGCCAUCGGCUCUGCUUGAAACGGCCAGGAAGGGGCGCUCUCCUCCCAGCUUCCGAGGACUUCCGAGGCCAGGCCAGGCCAGCGAUGAUGACGGUUGUGCAAAGAGCCCCACGUUCUUCUUUGCGGGCCAGGAUCGGUCCGUCCACCGUCGGUUUUGACCCACCCCACUUUCAGCGUUUGCGCCCGAUCCAAAGGCAGACUCUCCGGCGUUCCGAAUUGCAGCUGGGCGGCUGUGUUUGUGUUGCAUGGGUGGGAAGGGGAGAGAAGGGGGGAAACCAAGCGAUUGUUUGAUAUUUUUUCCACAGUUAAGCUCUUUCUUCCUCCUCUUCCUCCUCCUCCUCCUCUUUGUGUCAUUUGCAUUUUCUGCAUAUUCCUGAUGCUGGUUGCAAAAACAAUUUGCUCAACAACUACUGCUAAGGGAAUUUGAAACAUCUGGAUUUCCUUUUGGCAGUUUUCCAUCGGACUGUCCCGCCACACAAGUUUGUGAGCCUGGGGGGGGGGGGAACCCCGCACACGACCUGUUUUUACUUCCAAAGGAAGUUUCUUUUUAACUCGCCCCGGAGAAUAAAUCCGCCAGGCGGUGAGAUUUGAGGUUGAGUAUCAUUUAUUUUUAUUUUUUUUUACCGGCGAGGGAAUUCGCUUUGAUGCAAACAUCCCAGGCUUUCAAAAAUGCACUUUAGGCCAAAAGAAAAAAAAGACAAAAAAAAAAGCAGCCUGCAGAAGUGGUAACUCGUUUGCCGUUCCAGGAAGGCCGACAUUAAGAUCUGGUGACUUGCUCAGUUGUCAACACACACAUUGUUGGCUGGCACCUUCCAAAGUGUGGCUCCUGGUGUGGUUGAGAUCCGGUUUGAUCGGUUUCGUUCUGUGUCGGCACUAGCGGGCGUUCACGCCCUGAUGCAAAUCGCUCUUGUGCGCAAGAGACCCACAACGGCUGCACGUUCGUAGCUGCUGCUCAAUCCACCACUUUGCCUUGUUUGUGAAUAGCAGUUCCUUUUUUUCUUUUUUCUUUUUUUUUUACAGUUAUCACAACUAUUAUUCUGUUGAUUUUUUUUGUGCGUGUUGCCAAAAAAAAAAAGAAAGAAAGCCGGGGACUGUGUCCGUCGCUCCGGGCAAAGUUUUCUCGGACCUUGACCGCCCCACGUUGUUUUGCAACGGGGCAGAUUUGCUGUGCACAAAGUUCGUUAGGAGUUGUUAUUUUUGCUAAAAUGUGGUUUUUCUAUGGGGUUUUUUUGGUUUUCCUAAGCUGGAUUCCUGCCAAAAAGCAACGGCGUCACAAAUCAGCUCUGCUGUUGGUCACUGGUAUUUAAGAUUUUAACUUUCUGGUUUGGCCUUUUUUUGGGGGUGGGGAAGAAAAGUUUAAAAAGUAUACUGUAUGCAGUACCUUGUAAUAAAAUUAAACACUUGUUUCUCUGAAA